AUGACAAAUCCAGGCAGCCAUAAACCAUUCAAGGCACCGACUCCUCCUGUCAUUGGUAAAGUCAGUCACCAUAGCAUUGACCUAAGCUGGGAGACAGAGGAGAAUGAACCACGGACAGGCUCACCAGAGAAAUGGACCCGCUUCUCUGUAGAAGAGAUGGACCCCAAAUCACACACAUACGGGACUAUCUAUGUUGGGUACAGCAGUCACCACACUGUAGAAAGUUUGGAGCCCAGCACGUCCUAUAAGUACAGACUGAGAAUCACAAGACCAACUGGGGAGUCCCUCUACAGCCCGGCUGUGUCGGUCUCUACCACACGUGAGCCUAUGAGUGGGAAGAACCUCCACCGUGCUGUCAACAUGAAUGAUGAGGAGGACAUGACCAGAGUGUUGGAGUCUGGGACAGUCAGUGUGAACGUCAAUGACAAACACGGUUUCACUCCUCUCAUGGUGGCUGCACAGAAAGGCUUUGCCAGACUGGUUCACAAAUUGGUAGAACACGGUGCAGACGUGAAUAUGAAGAACGGUAGUGGGAAAGACAGUCUGAUGCUGGCAUGUUUCUUUGGCCACCUGGACAUAGUGAAGUACCUGAGGAGAUUUGGGGCCACGUGGCAGUCCCAGGACAUGGGGGGCUGUACCCCCCUCCACUGGGCAGCUGACGGAGGACACCUUGCUGUCAUAGCCUACAUGAUCCAGGAUGGCUGUGAGUUGGACGUUAGGGACACCGUGUCCCACUGGACUCCUCUGAUGAGGGUGUCAGCGGUCAGUGGGAACCCAGCGGUGGCCUCUCUCCUCAUCAGAGCCGGGGCUGAUGUCAACACCAGGGACAAGGAUGGCAAGACACCACUUAUGGUGGCAGUGUUGAACAACCAUGAGGAGCUAGUGCAGCUGUUGUUGGACAGUGGGGCCGACCACGAUGUGAAGAACGAGUUUGGGUCAGGUGCAGCUGAAAUGGCAAAGGCCUUUGGAAGAGAGAAUAUCAUCAGUUUAUUAGAAGGACGGAAGAGUAUAGUCAGAGAUGGUAUAGUCCAUUAUUAA